AUGGCUUUAGCGUUUUUCAUUGCAUUGAUCGUUCUCUUAACGGAAAUUAUGCUUUGGUUUGGAUAUUCUCAGAUCGCGAGUAUGGCUUAUGUUGUCUACUUGAAUAUUUUUCAAAAAGAAAAAUUGGCUAACCAAAGCAAGAUCAGAAGAAGUAUAUUGACCGUCAGACAAGAGUUGGCAAGAACUAGCCCACAGGACGAAUUUGCUAAUUGGGCAAGAUUAAAACGUAAAUUGGAUAAGAAAAUGAAUGAAUUAGAAAGAACUACUGCAUCAUUUGGCUAUUUAAAAACGUCUUUUGAAAUCAAAUUUACGACAUUUUUAUGGGUCGCGUCCAACGGUGUCCAAAUUAUUGUGAUGUUCUAUUAUUUUUCAACACCAGUGUUUUAUCUUCCACCAGGUUGGUUCAGUCCGAUAACAUGGAUUUUCUCUUUACCGUAUGCACCAUCAGUAACUAUUGUACUCCAAUGGUGUAACGUUAAAGUACAAAUGUACUCACCUAUUGUUGUUGCAUGGAUUAAAACUAUGCUUCAAUGGUGUAGUGCUAAUAUAAGAACACAUUCACCUAUCAUUAUUGCACGAAUGAAGUUACAGGUUCAGAAAAUAUAUGCCUUUAUUUUGGAAGUAAAAAAAUCAUCACAAUCAUCAGCUGUAAGUGAACAAACGAAGUCGUCAGUAGUUGAUACAACAUCAGGUGCAAAUUAA